AUGCCUGGAUCUCGGACGGCCUUCCUUGACAAUGAAGACUCUCUUAUCUUGGAGAGAAGUGGAAUUGUUAGAGUCACAGCUGUAGCGAGAAGUAACUACGGUAUCGUUAGAGAUCAAGGGGUCCAUUUCAAGACCAAGAAGUUCGGAGAGAUUAGAGAUUGGAAGCCUGACCGACUAUGCAACACCGUGGCCAGUGCUGCAGAUCAAGCCUACGAUUACGUGGUAGUAACCACGAAGGCGGUCCCAGAGCUCAGGCUAACGCCAGAGAUACUGUCUCCACUGCUAUCUCCUGAGUACACAAAUAAAUUCGCACAGCCGACAUACUUGUUAUUGCAAAAUGGCCUCAAUGUAGAGAAGGAUCUGUACAAUGCGAUUCGCAAGCUGAACCAGGGGAAGCCUUCCAUUGUUUGUGCAGCUCUGUAUGUCGGAACGAAUCUCGCUGCACCUAAUGUGGUGGUGACAAAUGACCUUGAAAGCCUCUUUCUAGGAAUCUACCGGCAUGAGGACCAUACCACUUCAGCCAACUCGGCAGACGAGACCGCACUCCUUCAAGACCUUGGAUCGAUUUUCCAAAGGGGAGGCAGCGCAAUCACUAUCGUGCCAGAAAUACAACGCGUCAAAUUCGCCAAGAACUUCUGGAAUCUUUCUUUCGCAACGUUUGCGACUCUAACUGGAUAUACCGUGCCUUCGUUGUUUCGCAGCCCUCCUGCUUCUAAAGAUGAACAGUGCAAUCCAUAUUUGUAUCCUAUCACGGCCGAACUGGUUCAACAACACUCAAUACCUGCGAUCAAAACAACUAUGAAAGAGCUGUUGACAUUAGGCAUGCGCCGCUAA